AUGCUCGCGGUCGGAAGCUCAUUUUACACCUCGAAUCUCGGUUUCCAGUACACGGUCAAGAAGAUCAACAUACCCGGCAACGACACCCAUGUGGCGAGCACCCUGCCCGCCAUCGGCUACAAGAACACCACGCUGGAUAACUGCCGAGUGAGCGAGCUCAAACUUCUUCUAGCCAGAAGCCCAAACUCUGGGGCGAACUCAUGGUGGUUUUCGUUCAAGAGAUCGACCGUCGCGACAACAUUGCGGUGCACCGUCGUCUAUGAUUCGGGUGUUGCCGAUGUCACCCUCGGAGCAGAAUACUUUGGGUCGGUUAGCACGUACGAGUACAUCAUCGACGACAACUACAACAAGAGCGCCAGUGUAUGGUGGGGAACAAGACUCUCGAAUGCGUACUUCACGGGGGUUCUGGCGGCGGCCGCCCAAGCUACCCUACCUCCAGACCGUUUCAUCAACGACGCUGAGUUGACAUAUACGGAGAACGAGUUGGUAAAAGACCUUCACUCUGAGGACUUCUUCAAACUGAACUGGAAUUUUGGUCUUGCAGACGCCAAGGUCUAUCAUCUUGGUAUGGAUGGCGCCGAUAAAGUGGUGGUUUACAACAACGGCAAAUUUUGGGGCUCGCCGUCAAUCACCGAAGGCCUUCACUUCGCCAAGAUCAUGCACUCGGUCUUCGCCCUUGACUUAGGCAACUGCGAUGCGCCGAACCUUUUACUUGACAAUGAAGGUUUGAAGUAUGCUGUACUAGCCCCGGAUGACAACUUUAGGGACGAAGGAGCCCUCCUGAACAACACCAGCACCUUCGAAGCAAAAGACGGAGGUCGAUACAGCAAUAUCCCGUCACCAGGCGACGACUUCAAGUUCACUCGAUUAUACGAUGCCUACAAGACAUUCCCAUCGCAGAUGGGAGAGUUGUCAUGUAGGAAUGCGACGAUAGUCGCCCAAUAUCUCUGCUCAGUUCCACAACCCAAGAGUCCGGGGGUCAUGAUUCUGGCCAUUAUCAUUGCGGACUUGGUCUUCCUUCAGGCUGCAUGGAAGCUAAUGCAAUGGAUCUCUGGAAGAAUGCUGAACCAACCUGAUGCCAUGAUAUGCGAAGGAGUAGUCAAUACACCGAGACCGAUCAGGAGUCACUUCUUCGGGUAA